UCCGCGCUCCUCAUUUGAUAGUAACAGCAAAUGUACAACUUUAUCUCCAAUGUAUUUGACUUCACUGUUUGGCUUUCAAUUAACUGUAUGAGAACCAUAAAGAAAGCCCGUGCCUUAGAAGUGAUUUAAGCACCGGGAUGGAGCAUUACACACCAUGGCACUCGGAUUCUCUCUCAGACUAAGAACUCUAACACCACGGGUGGGAAAACAAGAACAAGACAGUAAGGAGUAACGGGAAGAUGAAAGACCGACUUCAAGAAUUAAAACAGAAAACCAAGGAAAUCGAACUCUCUCAGGAUAGUCGAGUGUUUCCAGAAGCAGAGGAACAAGGGGAGCUUGUCCAGCAAGCUGUUAUUUAUGAGAGAGAGCCAGUAGCUGAGAGACACCUACAUGAGAUCCAGAAACUGCAGGAGACUAUUAACAGCUUUGCUGAGGAUGUUCAAAGGUUUGGACAGCAACAGAAAAGUCUGGUGGCUUCCAUGAGAAGGUUUAGCCUACUUAAACGAGACUCGACCAUUGCAAAGGAGAUCAAAAUCCAAGCAGAACACAUUAACAGAGCACUGGGUGACUUAGUCAAAGAAGUAAAAAAGUCAGAGGUUGAAAAUGGUCCAUCAUCAGUGGUUACAAGGAUACUUCAGUCUCAGUAUGCCGCCAUGUUCCGCCACUUUCAGCAAAGCAUGUUUCUAUACAACGAAACAAUAGCUUCAAAGCAAGAGAAGUGCAAGACAUUCAUUGUCCGUCAGCUUGAAGUAGCUGGAAAGGCUGAAGAAGAAGUGAAUGACAUGCUUCAGCAUGGAAAAUGGGAAGUUUUCAACGAAAGCUUACUCACAGAAACCAGCAUCACGAAAGCACAGCUCUCAGAGAUUGAACAGAGACACAAAGAGCUUGUGAGUCUGGAGAACCAAGUGAAGGACCUCAGGGACCUUUUCAUUCAGAUCUCUCUUCUGGUAGAGGAACAAGGAGAAAGCAUCAACAACAUCGAAGUAAUGGUGGCCAGCACAAAAGAUUACGUUAUCAAUACCAAAGAGAAAUUUGGACUCGCUGUCAAAUACAAAAGAAGAAACCCCUGCAGGGCCCUGUGCUGUUGCUGCUGCCCAUGCUGUGGCUCCAAAUAAAGAUGCUAUUUUAGAAGCUUCUCAGGGGUUAGAAGUAAGGUUUCCACAUUUCAGAGCCGUGUUUUGAUUGUCUUUAUUUCAUGAGUCCAGUCCCAUACAUUCUAUCACUGCUAACAACUCAUUUUCCCCUUUAACAUUUGC